CUACCCCAAAUAUGUGCUUAGCCUCUUGGACUGGUCUGUACUUGGGGUGACUAGCCCCUCCUGACACUUACACUCUAUUUUUAGUGUGUGAGUGCGCUUGUAUGUCAACUCACGCUGGGAAUUACAUUCCCAGCUCGGAGUGUAGACAUCCCUCGGUUAUUUUGGCAAGGAAUAGAGCAGCCUCUUAGGCCCUGCCUGCACUAGAAAAAAGGUGUGUUUAAAGCCUGAUAGGUAACCCAUUACAAUCUUAGUGUCCACCUCCACCAGCUAGUACAAAGUGACUGUUAGUGUUAAACUACAACUUACCUUGUUAAAACUACAACUACACUAGGACUGUAACAUGUGUGAGCUAACAUGUUAAAAUACACUUUCAGUCUUGUCUUCAUAGUAAAGAACUGACUGACUCUUUUACAGGGACGAGGGAGCAGAGUUAAUCACGCUUUGAGGGACAGCAUUGAUUGGGGUUAACAGAAUUGGGGGUUUUGAGGGGGUAGAAAGAGCAGAAUUGAUUGGAUUUGAGGAGGAAUGAGGAGUUCAGCUGAUUUUUGUGGGGCGAUCAAACUGAUUAAUUGGGAAGAAUGAAAAUGUGUCAAUGCAAAUGAAAUUUGCAUAGCUUUAGGGACAUGGCUCUUAUGGUGGGCUUAGGCAUAUAGUCUCUUUGGCAAGCAGGUGUCUGGGAAGUUUUUCAAGCUCUGCUUACAAUACUUUCUUUCAAUCCUAAACUCAGCUUUGCAAAGUAAAGAGGUGCCCUCUCUCUUCCACUGUUGAAGUGGGGAAAUGAGCUUUAAAAACAAGUCAAAUGUUUGUAUGCUUGGGAUUAGUUUGUGUGUAAAGCUGAUAAAUGCUAACAGCAAGAAAUGUAAAUCUAAACUAAACAAUGUUGUGUUGACAUGCACAAAUGCUGCUAAGAAAAAGCAGUUUUGUUACUGGGAGAGAGCAUGUCAUGGUUUGUGUGAAAUUUACUUUGCAGGUGCCAGCUUGGGAAUCACCAGUGAUGGGUUUUUUGAACUUGAAGAAUUGCCCAGGCGCAGUGUUGUUGUUGGUGCUGGAUACAUUGCUGUGGAGAUAGCCGGAAUCCUUUCCACACUGGGAUCAAAGACAUCCUUACUGAUACGUCAUGACAAGGUGUUAAGGACUUUUGAUUCAAUGAUCAGCGCAAACUGCACUCAGGAACUGGAGAAUGCUGGCAUAGAUGUCUGGAAGCAUUCACUGGUCAAAUCGGUUACAAAAUCUUCUCUUGGAUUGUUGGAGGUAACGGUGAUAUCCUCUGCACCUGGUCACAAACCCACAGUUAGCACAAUCCCGGAUGUUGACUGUCUGCUGUGGGCCAUUGGACGAAAUCCAAACACUGAGGGGCUUAAUCUAGACAAACUGGGUCUUAAGUUAGAUGCUACAGGUCACAUUGUAGUCGAUGAGUUCCAGAACACCAGCAGGAAAGGGAUCUACGCUGUCGGAGAUGUAUGUGGAAAAGCACUCCUGACCCCAGUUUCUUAUUAUUUGAAGGUGGUGGGACUACACAUGCAGGGCCUAGGAUGCGACGAAAUGCUGCAAGGUUUCGCUGUAGCCGUCAAAAUGGGAGCAACAAAGGCCAGCUUUGAUGAGACGGUUGCCAUUCACCCGACUUCAGCAGAAGAGCUGGUCACGCUCCGUUGAAAGGUGGCGAAUUUCUGGUGCUUGCAAACAGAUCUUUAAUAUGGCAGCCAAAAAACUAAAUAGACUUGCAGAAUCAUGAUUUUUCUUCUUGGUGCCACUUUUACAAACUCUUCCUUUUCUAUGACACUCCAGAUAAUAAUCAGAUUCUUCUGUUUUUGUAAUCUAUGAAUAGAUGUAGAAAAAAUCGUAAAGAGAUGUCCAAAAAACCAGCGGCAGCAUCUGUUCAUCUCAUCCAAACAGCUUGGUUUCUUGAUGCUUCCUUGGUUUAGAGUGAAAAAUAAA